UUCCCCAUCCGCGGGGGUGGUGCGAGUUGGCGAGAAUAAGAAGAAGACGAAGACGAGGACGACGUGGCGGUGGGAGCAUGAGGGACGAGGUGAAGAUGGACGCGAACCGGCUGAUCGCCGAGGUCUACAAGCGACCGGCCCUCUGGAACCAGAGGCACAUCUCCUACCACAAUCGCGAGGUGACCAACCGCGUCUGGAUGGAGAUCGCGGCGAUAUUCAAUCUGCCCAAGCCGAUGUUGAAGGCAAAGUGGAAGGGCCUGCGUGACACAUUUCGUGCCGAGUUGAAGAAAGACCAGGUAUACCGCAAGAGUAAAUUCCACCGGAACCGACCAGUAUGGAUCCACUUCAAGAGCUUGCAGUUCCUCAAGGAGCAGAUGCUGCCGCGACCGCCGAUCUGGGAGCGCAGCGUGCCGAAGACGGAGGACGAGCUGCAGCCGAGCGAGGGCGAGGGCGAGAACGGCAUGCCGAGUUCCGGCAUCGACGGCGGCCUCGAUGAUCGAGACGCGAUCGCCGAUCACUUGCUGUCGAUGGCCGGCGACGGUCACCACCAUCACCAUCAUCAUCACCACCACCAUCAACUCAAGCUGGACGGUGGCGACGGUAGGCGUGGCACGGUGGACGUGAAGCGCGAACCCGAGGAGAGCUUCGACAAUCUAGAAUUCCAGAGCGUCACCGACAACUUGGCGGAGAACGAGAUGAUGCUGCAGAACAUCUCGCCCGAGCAGGUCCUGAUGAGUGACAGCGACACCGGCGUCGGUCUCGCCGGCGUCGAUCCGCUCGAGGGCAGCUGUCGCUUUGACGACAACUACUACUUCCUCAUGAGCUUGCUGCCGCACAUCCGUACCCUGCCGGCCGACCGUAGGAUGCUGCUCAGGAUGCAGAUGCAGGAGCUCGUCUACAAGGAGGUCUAUAAGAAAGCCGCCGACGCCGAGCAGACGGCGAAGACUUAACUCGUUGUCGCCGCGCUAAUCUGGACGCUCUUGAGACUUCCUCUUUUCUCGCUGCAAUCAUAUCGCGUCGCGACGUCAGAAAUGAGAAAUCACGUGGAUUUUCUGUUUGUGCUAUACGCCAAAAUUAAAUUGACUUUUUUAAUACGUUGUCGCGUUCAUUGCCGUAACUUUAGUAUGACUGCACGGGGGAAGCGGUAGUCUCAUUGUCAGAGUAUUAAUUCGUAACCGUUCAUCGAGGAAUAAAGAGUUCUUAUUUAUAUAAAUAUACAAGAUGUUACAAAAAUACGUGGCCAAAUUUUAAGAGUGUAUCCUAUUUACAAUAAGGAUGAUAAAACAAAAAGUGAUAUGAACAUAGUUCGGAAACGUUUCCUUUCCAAGCCGUAAAUACUUUUUACUUCUAACAGAAUUUGGCAAAAAUAUUUCGCUAAAAAUGGUUAGAAAUGAGUUCCAUCCGCAGCAAUACUUCGUAUCAAUUUUUCAUGAACUAUCGAAGAUAUUAAAAAAUUCCAGGAAUAUUUUGGAUUUUGUCACACGAAGCGAUAAUAGGAUUUCGGAGAACUUUCACCCAAAAAAUUACGGGAAACUACGAAUUAUCUUCUUGGAUAUUAUUUUAUUAUAUCGUUUUUAGACAUGUUUUUAUUGAACAUUA